ACCAAAUUCUCUUCCUGUCUUGCUCUGUGCGUUUCUGUGUUCCAAGCUCCCGGUAAGCAUCAAGAUGGCCGCCGUGGUUGCUCAACCUCCGACUCAUGAUCUCUCCGAGCCAGUUAUCGACGUCAAGCUCUUCAAUCGCUGGACCUUCGACGAUGUUCAGGUAAACGACAUAUCCUUGGCUGAUUACAUUGGCGUGGCUCCUGCCAAGCAUGCAACCUAUGUGCCUCACACUGCUGGGAGGUAUUCAGUCAAGCGUUUCAGGAAAGCACAAUGUCCAAUAGUUGAGAGGCUUACCAACUCUCUCAUGAUGCAUGGGCGAAACAAUGGCAAAAAGCUAAUGGCAGUGAGGAUUGUUAAGCAUGCAAUGGAAAUUAUCCACUUGCUAACUGAUCAAAAUCCCAUUCAAGUUAUUGUUGAUGCUGUGAUCAACAGUGGACCAAGAGAAGAUGCUACUCGUAUUGGGUCUGCUGGUGUUGUCAGACGUCAAGCUGUGGAUAUAUCUCCUCUGCGACGUGUGAAUCAGGCAAUUUACCUCCUUACUACAGGAGCUCGUGAGUCUGCAUUCAGGAACAUUAAGACGAUCGCAGAAUGCUUGGCUGAUGAACUUAUCAAUGCUGCAAAGGGAUCAUCAAACAGCUAUGCCAUCAAGAAGAAGGAUGAGAUCGAGAGAGUUGCUAAGGCCAACCGUUGAGGGAUGGAGAGUGGCAUGGUAUUUAGAGUUUCGGUUGAGUGGCUUUUUUUCAUUGCCUGUUGCCCAUGAGUCUUCUGUUCCUAUUGAACCUAAAGUGAAGAUAUGGUUGCUUAUUGUUUAAGAUGUAGUUUGUCACUAGACAGUAGAUUUUAUCGUCAGAAAGCAUAAUUUUCAAUUUUGAAGUUAUGAUAUCAUAUGACUGGCUCCUUCAUAAAGUUU